AUGGGUCUGGCCUUGGCCUGCGUGGUCGUGCACGGUGAUUGGGAGUUAUUUUUAACCCAGUCGACAUUCGCAUCGCUGCCGCUGAGCAAGGGUCCUAUUGAGGAAGACCUGCCCAAUGACACGGAGAUUCGGCCAUAUCGAGCAACGCAUGACUUCCUUGGUCCAUCUGUUCGCAUUGACAAAUUUCUCUAUCUAUCGAUGGGAGGCGGCGGCAUGAUCAUUCUAGCCGUAGAGCCGGAAAGGGUGGCUUCGAUUGAGACGGGAAGGCUCUUACAAGGCGCUCACACAUUCACUUGCUAG